AUGUGUGGACUGUGGCUUAGUAAUGACAAAUGUUUCCAUGAAGAAAUCAAAAUUGUUCGCCCAUCAACAGUUGAAGCAUCCUGCUUCUGUUGGAAAGGAGCGCAGCUAUUUCAGGAAGAAAGUGGAGUUACGCCAAAAGAAUGCUCCAAAAACUUUAGAAUUCUGCUUAAAAAAAGCAAUGAGCAUAAUAACAAGACACUAAAAGUCAGUUAUGCAGUGAGUGAACUGGUUGCUAAGGUGGGGAAGCCACAUACAAUUGCAGAACGUCUGGUGAAGCCAGCAAUGUUGAUCUGUGCUAAAGAACUGCUAGGAGAACAGGCUGCCAACAUUCUACAAAAAAUCCCAUUGUCUAAUGACACAGUGAAGAGAAGGCAAAUUGAAAUGGCAGAAAACCUCGAGAAACAGCUUGUGGAAAAAUUAAAAGUUUCUAAGUUCUCACUACAAAUUGAUGAGACAACAAUCAACAAUUCUGCCUUAUUACUUACUUAUGUCCGAUAUAUUGAUGCAAUGGCAAUUCAUGAAGAAAUGUUAUUUAUAAAAAAGUUGAUUGACACACGAAGCGACACUAUAUAUGCGGCUGUUUACGACUAUCUGUACGAUAAUGGGAUCCCUCUGUCAAAUCUGUUGCAGAUUGCAACAGACGGUGCCAGCGCUAUGACCGGCAAACAGAAUGGCUUUGUAGCUAAAUUAAAAAAAGUUGCCCCUCAUAUAUUGGCAAUUCAUUGCAUCAUCCAUCGAGAACAUCUUUGUGCUAAAUCUCUCAAUGAUGACAUGGAACAUGCAUUGAAAGUCGCUGUUUCAACAGUGAAUUUUGUCAAAGCCAUGCUUUGCAUGACCGCCUAUUUCAACAUUUAUGUGAACAUGAGGACCACCAGAGACUCCUCAUGCACACUGAAGUGA